UAGCAGCAACACAGCUAUAGGCAACAGAUAGCAGGUAUAGCGAGAAUACAGAGACGCAUCUCAGUCGCACGUGGCAAGCACGUGCGAACGACCAGUCAACAAGGCGUAUAGCGACGUCGCCUGCCUAGUUACGUCCACUGGAAGAACGUUCGGGCAUUACACGCCUCUUUGACGUCGUUUAUCCGGAUCAAGCAGUGCGUGAUCACGUUACGCACGCGCAGACAUCAGCUGCCUCAUCCACGACAAGCCUCGUGCAGACAUCGCUGAAACGUCUUCGUUCACCUGCACGCCCGCGAUAGAACAUCGCUCACGAAUUACUCUAUACGCCGUCGUAGUAUUUCGGCGCACGCACCAGUUGCGUGAGCAGCGCGCAUGCUCAGAGGUUACAUCGCGACAGGACGCUGACAAUCUCGUCAGGUGUCUCGCAUCUGUGCGUCUGCUCACGUACGAUCCCGGCGCGAUACGCGCUGCGUGCACGCUUAGUCUCUGUCUCGCAUCCGUUCGCGACAUCUGUCUUACCGUACAUACGCAACCUCGGUGUUUUUCUGGUACGCGCAAGAGCUCGAAAACAAACGAGAAGAGCGGCCGAGAUCUGCCGAACGACAGGAGAAGAGUGAGCUCUUGCUGAUAGCCGCGAAGCGACUGCUGUGGAAGAUUCCCCCGUCACAUCUACACAUAUCUAUUAGCCGUUGCGCGCAUAUCUCCGCCGCCGCUACCACUGCGUCGGUGACGGAAGGACGAGCAGACAGACGCGUUAGUGUAGCGACGCUGACGCUACUUGCGUCAUGGGUUGUGCAACGUCGGCGUCACCCGGGAAUCGCUCGGGGGCACAGAGUACAAACGGAUCUGUCGAUGCACCACUGCCGGAACCCGUCGACCCGCGCCUGCCGCUGACUGCUAGACAACGUUUUAGCAUUCAGAAGUCAUGGAAGGCUAUCGCGAGAAACAUGGAGACGACGGGAGUAACGAUGUUUGUCAAAUUAUUUCUUCAGCACGAGGAGCUGCUCGCCGUCUUCAAGAAGAAGUUCAAGGACGUGCCGGUCGAUCAACUCGCCAAAAGUCCCGAGCUGGAGAAUCACGCUUCGCAGGUGAUGUCGACGCUCGAUGAAGCCAUACACUCGCUCAACAAUCUCAACUUCUUCUUUGAGCUGCUCUACACGAUCGGCGUCACGCACCGCGACAUCGCUGGCUUCAGACCAGAGUAUUUUUGGGCUUCCGCCCUGGACAAUUCUUGGUAA